UUUUGACACACAGCGUAUUUAUUGUUAUCACGUUUAAUUUUGUAUAGUAUCUUUACUAAUAAAAUAAUCAACACAAUGCCUGUAGACUGCCAAAGAUCUACAUCGGGUGGGAAAGGAAACCGGGGUAUGUUUAUCGACCGUAGUCCUAAAAUUUGUGCGGCGGGUCUACCCUCUCAACAGCCAGAUAAUCGAGUCGCUGAUAACUUGCAAUAUUAUCUUGUGAAGGAUGAGGUGGAUGCACUAAUUAGCGACGCUAUCUUGCCUCCGAAACACCCCAGGCCUCUUCCACCUCUACGUCGUCCUAUACCACUAGACAUGCGUCAUGCCGGAUUGUUCGGUGAAGGCAUUAGUUUAUUAAACCCACCGAAUAAAUCGAAAUUUCAAACUCUAGUUGAAGAUUUUAAGGAUACUAGUUAUUCUUCCUAUUGGAAAAAAUCGCUAGGAACUGUUAAAGAUCCAAUGCCAAUGCUACCUGAAGGACUAGAUAUGUACAAAACGACCUUUGGAAGGAAGUUUACUGAUGAAGGAUCACUGUAUGAUUUAGUAUUCCCAAAAAAACCUCUUGAAGGCACGACACCGGUUUCUAAAUUAGCUGCCGUCCAAAUAGAUCGUAAUUAUUGCAAACCACCAUUUAAUGCAGAUUUAACAUACGGUUAUCGAUCUUAUAUUGACGAACGUGGUUUACAGGUCAAAACUUGUUUAACAGAUAAUAAUGUCGUUGAUGGAAAUGGAAAUCGAACGGUUUUAAACACCGUUCACUCGUCUCACCAGGAAUUUAAUAAGGCUAGAAUUGGAAAAGCCUUGGCUCCCAAUAAUAAUAUCAACAAUGUACCAAAAGGUUACGCAUUUGGAAUUUCAAGUAAACCAGAGAAUCUAAAACAAUGUCUUAGCUUAUGUGAAAUCAAUCCAGAAUGCGACUUUACCAGAAAAUGCUUUGCUCAUCUCAAUACUGUUCGUAAAUGUAUGUCAACUCGAUUUUUACCUUCAUUUUUUAAUGACUUUUAUUUGAAACUCAAAUAUUACGAUACCGAAAAGCGCGGUUGGCUGCCUCGUGAGGUGUUAUAUAAUUAUUGUGCUUCGAAAUUUAUAAGAUUUGAUCCAUCAUUAAUAGAACCUUUGUUAUCAAAGUGGGAAGCUUUCGAUGGAGAAAAUAUUGACUAUAAGUUUUUUUCUCACAUGAUAAAUUACAAGGAACCCAUAGAAAACAUCCCACAUGUCCCAGACUUACCUUCGGAUUGCAUUGAUUUCUGCACGGUUUACAAUGAAUUCAUGAGACCUGUUCAAGAGAGGGAUAAGACUCGAAUGGCUGGAAUUCCGUCUGGGAGGUACUUCGACUUAGAUCAUCCUAUAACACCUAAUUUUUGCUGCAAAGCUGUUAGAACGUGCCUCCCACAAGAGUCAGAUGCCAUGUCAUGUCUAACUCCGAGCGUACUUACGUUAAUGCAUGUCAACCACCGUGACAUGUAUGCUAAACGUGAACCUGAUGUUGUAAAAAAAGUAUUCAAAGCUGCUGGCGAGGAUUUUAGUGAUGAUAAAUUUAACGAUAUUUGGGAGGAGGCUAAAAAAUAUCAUUCCCAAGGAUGGGUCUGUUUUGAGACCUUUAGACAGGCGUUGCAAAAAGUUUGUGAAGCGGAAAACACAAGAAAAUAGAUUGUAAGAAAUUUUUAUUUAAUCGAUAAACUACUUUACUUUUAUAGUUUUAAUUACAUUUGUAACAUAUAGUUUUACAGUUAUAGUUUAGUUUAAUAAUUCUUUAAUUUUAUGUUGCUAUAAUUAUUCUGAAACUCUUACUAAGAUGUACUUAAAAACAUGGGUUAUUAAGUACAUCUUCAAUUUCAUACUAGUUUAUGAUAUUUUUUUUUAUUGUCCUGAAUAUUUUUUUUAA